CUUGUCACCACCACCACCACCAACACAUUUGGACACCGACAGGACAAGCGCCCCUCAAAACACCCAGGAACCAUGCAGUCUGCCGAAGCCAAGCUGAGUCGCAACUCCCUGCUGCUGUUGCUGAAGCGCUACAGUAUGGCCGUGCAUAACAUGGAGCAGACGGUGCUCAUCCCCAGCCUGCUGCGUGAGGUGCCGUCCGAUGAUGUGUUGGAGCAGGACACUGCCUUCGAGGACGCCAAGGACCUGUACGAGUGCUACCUGAUGCUCAAGUCCAUACGCAACACGGUGGACAGCGGCCUCGUCAGUCCCCACGAUGACACCAAGGUCAGAGGUCAGGCCGGCCUGCACAAGAGCCUGGAGCCCCUACUGGACGCUGACCCCGAUGUGCUCUUUCGGUUCCACCUCAAGGGGCUGUUCACCGUCAUGGGCCACCUCACCAAGAGCUCCAAGAACCUCACAGCCAAAUACAUGGACAUCAUUGGCAUUAGCAACUAAAAAAAGUAACGCUGAAGACCGAUUGUAACAUGCAGCCAAUAAGCUACAUCUCUCUUCUUAAUGACUUAUGUAACAAUGUGUUUCUUGAA